AUGAGCAAGAAACGUCGUAAUAUAAGGCAAAGGGAUCUGAGUGAUUCUGACGACGAGGAAAAUAACGAUCAGCAAGCACAGGAAAAGGCAGACGAUGAUGAUGUUAUGAAGGAGUAUGAGGAGGAAGAACGAGAUAGACAAGACGACAUUAAGGAACGAGACGAAUUUGUUAAGCGCCUUCUUAAUCGUGAUGUUGAAGCAACGAAAAAAUUUGCUGCCUCGGGCCGCGGUUCUUCCCGGUUAGAAGAGGACCUUAAGCGACUAGAACGUGGAGAGGUGAGUAGGGAGGAGCUUAUUGAGGAGCUCAAGAAAAGAUCCCGAUGGGAAUAUUUAAGGAAGAGGCAAGCAGAUAAAUUACAAGAUUUGGAAUCAGAGGUCCGUGAUGAAGAAAAAUUUUUCACUGAAGAAGAGCUUACUGAGAUUGAACGAACCGAACUGUAUUACAAACGAACCAUUCUUGAGGCUGCUAAUGCUCACAAGCUUAUCACCGCUGAGCAGAAAGCCCAACAUUAUUAUAUUCCCACAGAAAACAAACGUCCCGAUGACACUUAUUACGAAACUGAGGCCGAAAAAGGACCCCAUGGUGAAAGUCGGAAGUGGGAACAGGAACAUAUUAGUUCAGCACUGUUCAAACUUGGUGCCAAGGAUAGUACAGUCAAGGAGAAAUAUGAACUCAUUUUGGAUGAUGAAAUAGAAUUUAUGAAAGCUCUGACGCAGCCUGGCUCAAGUGUUGACCUCGUUCCAGAACUUACUCCCGAGGAACAGCAGCGUAGGCAUCUUGAAGAGCAAAGAAAAAGUAUCCAGGAGACACGGAAGUCUCUUCCAAUUUACGCUUUUCGCGAUGCUCUACUGGAGGCGAUCGAAAACCAUCAGGUUUUGGUCAUAGAAGGUGAAACUGGCUCCGGAAAAACCACUCAAAUACCUCAGUAUCUUUACGAGGCUAGCCUUCUCCUGAAACAAUAUUUGGACGUCAAGAAGCCGUCAUAUUCCAAAAUACCACAAAUGCCCGUCCACCGUAGCGUUCACGAAUCCUUCUAUACGGCCCGCACUUAUCUGCUUUGGUCCUUUUCCUCGACACGAACCCAUGCCUCAAUUCCCUUUCAGGGCUAUUGCCAAGGUGGGAAGCGUAUUGGGUGCACCCAGCCACGGAGAGUUGCUGCCAUGUCAGUUGCUGCUCGUGUGGCCCAGGAGAUGUCCGUGAAGCUUGGCCUCGAGGUUGGGUACUCCAUCCGAUUCGAGGACUGCACUUCCGAUAGGACAUUAGUCAAGUAUAUGACAGACGGUAUGCUAUUGCGGGAGUUCCUCAUGGAACCUGACCUCAGCUCCUACUCCGUGAUGAUGAUUGAUGAAGCACACGAACGUACCUUACACACGGACGUGCUUUUUGGGCUAGUGAAAGAUGUAGCCAGAUUUAGACCGGACCUGAAAUUGCUUAUCAGUUCAGCAACACUGGAUGCACAAAAAUUCUCCCAAUUCUUCGAUGACGCACCUAUCUUUCGAAUCCCCGGUCGAAGAUAUCCAGUUGAUAUCUACUACACCAAGGCUCCCGAAGCGGACUACAUAGAGGCCGCAGUUGUCACUGUACUGCAAAUUCAUGUUACCCAACCACCGGGCGACAUCCUUGCCUUCUUCACUGGUCAGGAGGAAAUUGAGACGGCCAACGAGGCCUUAUUGGAGCGAACGAAGAAGAUGGGCAGCAAACUGCGCGAGCUCAUCGUGCUUCCAAUCUACUCAACUCUUCCCUCAGAUAUGCAGGCUAGGAUCUUUGCACCGACACCUCCUGGCGCGCGGAAAGUUGUCCUGGCGACUAACAUCGCGGAGACUUCGCUGACUAUUAAUGGAAUCAUCUACGUCAUAGACACUGGCUUCUGCAAACAGAAAUUCUACAGUGCACGUGCAGGCAUCGAAUCUCUUCUGGUGGUACCAAUAUCUCGGGCAGCCGCGGAUCAACGGGCUGGGAGAGCGGGCCGCGUAGCAGCGGGCAAGUGCUUCCGCCUCUACACCUCUCAUGCAUACCACACCGAGCUGGAGGCCCAGCCAGUGCCUGAAAUCCAACGGACCAAUCUGGGCAACGUGGUUCUGCUGCUCAAGUCUCUUGGGAUCGACGAUCUGCUGCACUUUGAUUACAUGGACCCACCGCCACACGACGCACUAGUCAUGGCCCUCGAACAGCUCUACGCACUGGGUGCCCUCAAUCACAAGGGCGAGCUCACCAAGACGGGUCGACGAAUGGCCGAGUUCCCCUGCGAUCCGAUGCUCUCAAAAAUGAUAUUGGCUUCUGAAAAAUACAAGUGUUCAGACGAGGCAAUUACGAUAGCAGCAAUGCUAUCAGUUAACAAUGCUGUCUUCUAUCGACCCAAAGAUAAAGUAGUGCACGCAGAUGCAGCGCGGAAGGCCUUCCACCACAUAACUGGCGACCACCUCACCCUCAUGAACAUUUACAAUCAAUGGGCGAACGCAGAUUUCUCCGCGCAGUGGUGCUACGAGCACUUCAUUCAGCAUCGGACAAUGAAGCGGGCGAGGGACAUUCGUGACCAGUUUGUAGGUUUGCUGGAACGAGUCGAAAUUCAACCAAUGAGCAAUCCCGGUGACCACAUCAACAUUAGAAAAGCUCUGACAGCGGGCUUCUUCUAUCACACGGCGCGAUUCACUGGCAACGGCUACAAGACGGUGAAGCACCAGCACACAAUCCAUCCGCACCCGAACUGCGCGCUGGCCGAGCAACAGCCUCGGUGGGUCAUCUACCACGAGCUCGUCUUCACCACGAAGGAGUUCAUGCGUCAGGUAACUGAGAUCGAACCUCGCUGGCUCACCGAGGUAGCCCCGCACUACUACAAGUCCAAAGAAAUCGAGGAGACUACCAGAAAAAUGCCCAAGACAAAGGGGGUCGCCAAGGCUGAUUUAGACGGCCGAGAUGGCUGA